AUGGUCCAACUACAUAACUUUUUCUUUUUCAUUACUUCCAUGGUCGUGCCUUGUGGCACGGCAGCACCCGUACUAUUGAAAUGGUUCGUCAGUAGAGAUGUUUCCACAGGUGCCCCUUUUUCCAAUGGUACUUUAAUUCCUAUUCUUAUCCCUUCAUUCCUUCUUUUGGUUUAUCUACAUUCCAGGAAAUUCAUACGCUCUAUGGACGGAGUAAAAAGUGGAGUCUUGGUCAGAGCAAGUUGCCCUAUUUUAUUACCAGACAUAAUUGGGAGAAGCUCAUCCGAAACUAGAGCUAGAAACGCCUUAUUUCGUUUCGUUCCCAUUCUUCAUUUUCUUCUUCUCGAAUUCAAGGGGGACUUCCCCUAUUUAGAAUCUUUUUGCGGUGUGCUCCGUUUACUAUUCUUUCGUACUUUCUUCUCUUUACCACGCGAUAGGUCAGCGAAGCGUGAGCGGGCGCGGAGAAGAGAAGGCCAAACACUUCGGCCUAACGGGAAUGAGCAACGACGAAAUGAAAAGAGAAAGUGCCCCGGGCGCCCCCAUUUAGAAAGAAGGGUCGAAGGGUUUGGGCCUGUAGCUUUCCCCGUCCCCCCUUCGUCGGGUGGUGCUUGCAUGGGGGGUGUGCUACCUGAAAUCGGGCUUGAAGCUCCCGCCUUACCAACGAGCCGACAGCUGAUGGCUGUUGGUCACGACUACUACCAAAAGGUGAACAUGAAGAUGAAUAUUUCACAUGGGGGAGUGUGCAUCUUUAUGUUGGGUGUUCUUCUGUCUAACACAAAGAAGAUACAGUUCACUCAACGAUUGCCUUUGGGUUCCGAACUCCAUAUGGGGAAGGAACGUUGUUGUUUGCGGGGUCUCGAUCAUUUACAUGGACCCACUUUUCAUUCCAUUUGUGGGAAUUUGAUGAUCUAUAAACCGUCCUUAACGAACGAUCGGCUCAUCUUUGAGCAUGAUGAAUCACUUCGUGCCGACCUGUUGUCAAUAAACUUUUGGGCCUCAUAUGAGAAUGGAAAACUGGAGCAUUUUCUGCAUCGGUGGAUGAAGAAUCGCGAACAUCCAAAUUUCUGGUUAAGCAUGUUCCCAGAAAAAAGAUACUUUCGAGAAACAACGAGCACGACUGAAGUGGCUAUCCAUACAAAUCCAUUUACGGAUCUAUAUGCUUCGAUUGGAACUGGAAGUUCAAGAACAGGCGGCUGGUAUACUACCAUAAUGAAACUGCCUUUUCUUUUUUUUAUUCGGAUAGGAUUUCUGUUGGCUUCGCUGGGAGGCUCGCGUAGUUUGUUACGUCAACUCCAAAAGGAGAAAUUGCGUUGGAAUUGA